AUGUCCUCUGGUAUUAUCUCCGCGGGACAUCAUGACACCUUUCGAGUGAUGUUCUGGUUGUUGCGGUCUCCUUUCUCUCAAGCAGUAAAAGAGCCGGUGAGGGAAUGCAUUGCUACUCCGGGAUUGAUUACUGACUUGGAAAUAGACCGUGGGGGCCACCCCGACGACGUCACAUUCUCACGAUGGAAAAUACUCCGGAUCUUGUGGGAUCCUACCUCGAACUUUUUGCCUCCACCGUACGUACGUCUCUGUGAUGCCUGGGUUUAUAUCCUGGCCAAGAUCUGUACGCCUCGGCUCCGCCACCAACGAUGGCUGAAUGACUUCAACAGCCACGGGGACAUAAGACUGCACCGCCGCCCCCUUUCGCCGACAGUGUGGUUAAUCAAAGACGGUAUUUCUUAUUUUCCAGUCUAUCGCUCUGCAACUACACGCGCACGGAAAUACGCCUAUGUUUUGUGCGGCAUGACUAGGGCAACAAGGGGUCAACAUUGA